GCUAUCCGAUACGCUUGUCGCGCGCGCAGCGCAACUCGUGAUCGGGAAAUCAGAGCUAGUGCCGGCACGGCCGCACCGUGUCAAGUCAGACGCGAACCGGCGUAAAACACCGCCGAGUCAAGUAGAAGUGGCGAGAAGUACGCGGUAGGUGAAGAGAAUAAGAGACGUAGGCACGCGCGGGUGGCGCGAGAGCAGGGGCGCGAAACGAGACGAGGAGGAGGAGGAGAGCGAUAGGAGAAGAAGAGAGAGAAAAGUCGACGACGCCGCUGCUCUCUACUCUCCCGUGUCUCUUCGUCUCUCUCGGGGCAUUCUCGUAGCGCAGCUAUACCGUGUACCUACCACCUUAUAAAACGUGCGCCGCAGUAUCGCGCGCUCUCGUGGCCGACGGUGCGCGCGGUGGUGCGGAGAGGCGCGAGAGGAGCGCGAAUCGAGAGAUCGCUCGCCGCGGCGAGCGGAGUAGCGGCUCGGAGUUGCGAGACUGCGAGACUUGCGAGAGAGCGCGGCGCGCGACCGGCGGGUAAGCUUUCUCGCACAGUUCUUCGCUUCGCUUCGUUCCCUUCGCGCGAGACUGCGAGGUGUGCGGUAAUGCGGAACGUCCGCGUGAGGAUCCUCUUGGACUUUCGCGACAUCGACACGCCGAAUCGGCCGAAUAGAAAGAAUAGAGGCGGCGCGGGCGGAGGUUAAACUUUAAGCUUUCCAUCUUUUUCCUUCUGUCGCAUUACGUACUACGCGCCGCGACGGAAGUAAGGGAUAGGUUACGUAGUGCGAGACAGUGCAGAAAGUUUUGUGCAGUGAACGGUCGUUAAUAGACCAGUGCGGCGGCUACGACGACGACGGCGACGAAGGAGAGCGAGAAAGAGAGAGAGAGUGCGAGAGGAGGAGGAGGAGGAAGACGCGCUAUAUGCGUAAGGUACCAGCACGAGUGCCAGGACCGUGUGCGAGAGAGUAACCGGCUGAUAAACGGAAGGCAGAAGGAGGAGAAAGAGAAAGAGAGAAUAGGGUGGCCGUCGCGCCGUGAGAGACCGAGAGUCGCCAAGAUGCAGCUUCACGGUGGUCUGAUGUUGCCGAUCCUAUUUAUCGUUGCUUCCUGUCCUUUGACGCUGCGCGCGCGAAAAGUCGCACCUUUGAUUGAGGACGACUGGGCGAGGAGACCGCAUCGGGCCGCCGAAUGCACUUUCGGCAAGCAGAUUCGCGAAUUGGGCUCGACAUGGUUCGCGGACUUGGGACCGCCCUUCGGAGUCAUGUAUUGCAUCAAAUGCGAGUGCAUACCGGUGCAAAAGAAACGGCGGAUCAUCGCGAGAGUUCAAUGCCGCAACAUCAAGAACGAAUGCCCGAAACUCACGUGUGACGAACCAGUUCUACUCCCGGGACGAUGCUGCAAAUCCUGUCCCGGUGACUUCAACGCAGACAUAGCGCAGGAUCUGCCAGCGCAAUUGACUUCGGAGGAAGAGGAGCGGAGCCUGAAACAUUUCGGCACUCUGUUAACGGGCAGAACGUCGCAGUCUCUGCGUCGCGAUGAAUCGAAUCCGACGUCAGUUUACAACAGCGCGUACAACUAUCUAGCGACCGGUCGCUUCACGUUUCACCGUAAGAAUAUCUACUAUGCGUUCUAUUUGUCCGCGUCGACGCCCCGACCGCGUAGCAUACAGUUCGUCGACGGGUCGGGCAAUAUUCUGGAGGAGCAGGUGAUCGAUCCGAUUGGUGGUGCUUAUCAGAACACCACUGGCAAGCUCUGCGGCGUGUGGAGACGCGUGCCACGCGACUAUCGCAAGUUGCUACGCGAGGAACGGCUACACGUGUCCUUCCUCUGGGAGCCUUCAUCGAGCCUGACCGGGCAGUUGUCGCGUUACCGCGCUCUCUCGACCGAGCAGUUCUCCGCGCUCUUAGAACCAGCGAUGGGCGUCGACCGGUCGUUGAUGUCCGGCGCGGGCGCAACGGCGAUUGUGUCCGCUUCAUCCGCAUCAGCGCCGUCGAUCCACGUGUCCCUCGUUUUCAACGGUCUUUUCCUGCCGAACGACGUGGCCGACGUUUCGUUAAUUGUUCAGCUGGAACAUCACGAGAAGGAUCACGUGGUCCUUCGCGAAGAGAUAAUGGUGAGAAAGCCGUCGAAUGAACUGAAUUACGGAGAAGUCCGUAGCGCACUUUCCGGGACCGAUCUUCGUCUUUUGACUCGAGGCAAGUUGUUGAUCAGUAUAAUGUCUCGCAAAGAUCCGCAGGCUCUUCGACUGAUCGGCAUGAUAGGUUCACGCGCAACCUGCGACAUGUAUCAAACAUUGCUACUGUCGGAAACACCGUCCGUGGCAUCCGGAUUGGCCUGGGUCUUUUUGGAUCGUGUCGGUGCGCUACGCUACGGAGUGCAAUUGAUAGGACUCGAAGAAGAGAGCCCUUUGGUGACAUUGGUGGAUGAGGGCGGGAAACGGAGAAUGGAACUCGAGGAUCUGACACCUUCGUUGAUCGGUGGCUCCCUCGCGAACGGUUCCUUAGACCGGCCUGGACCCAGACUAUUGCAGCCACUGUUCAACGAGGAACUCUCCGUAGUCGCUGCCAGCCAUGUCGGCUCCUUGUUGCGCGGUAGACUUUUAGAGAGACCCGUGGCGGACGCUAGAGAUACGGCCGCGCCUGUGCUAUUACGAAGAUUGACCAAGGAGCCAACGCAUCCUGGACCGGUCGGCUUGAUAUGGACCGCGGUGGAUUUAGAUUGUUCUUUACACUAUGAGCUAGAACUCGCUGGUUUCCCGCCCUCCUCCCAAGAACCGCGAACGUUCCGUUUAUAUUUAGAAACGAUGCCCAUGCUAGCCCAGGGAGCUCCCGUCGCUAGAAGACUUCUCGAAGAAUUCACGGGAUACUCUCUCGAAGGAUCGGUCACCGGACUGUCAUCGUUGGAGCUCUAUAGGAUCGAGUCGGGUAUCGGUUUCCUCGAAGUGACGGACAAGCAGGUUACACACAUCCUGAAGGCCCCCUUCAAGGCGAGGGCACCGUUCAGCUGUCUGCCACACUAUGCCGACAACGACGUUGCCUCUGUGGUGGCGUAUAAUCUGCAGCCACCCAGGUCGGAUAUCGAGACUGGUGCGUGUUUCCACGAGACCAGAUUCUAUGAGGAAGGCACGCAAUGGACCUCGAACUCGGAUCCCUGUUCGAUGUGUCAUUGCUAUCGCGGCUUGGCGCAAUGCGACACGGUACCCUGUCCGACAGUCUCUUGCGGGUUGGGAAAGCAGCUCAAGCAACCGCCAACUGGUCAUUGCUGCCCGAUAUGCGCAGAUCCAAUGAAUGCCGAAACUAAUGCUACAGUCAAGAACAAUGCUACGAGAGGUUGUACGUUAGCUGGACAAUAUCAUCUCGCGGGAUCAUCCUGGCAUCCAUAUCUACCACCAGCAGGAUUCGACACUUGUGCAGUUUGUACUUGUGACGCUGUCACGCUGGAGGUAAAAUGCCCGUUAGUACAGUGUCCGCCGCUUGAGUGCGACGAGAAGAUCGCCGUCAGGCUAGACAAGAAAGCCUGCUGCAGACAGUGCCCACCGUCAUCAACGAGCCUUAGCAAUGUAACCACCACCGCGUCGAGCGACACCAUACGCCUACCGAGAGAUCAGGCUUUACCUUCGACGCGGCGCACCGCGGAAGAGAUACUCUCUUCCGGUGGCUGCAAGUACCCUUUCGGUGGACCCUAUGAGAAUGGCAUGGAGUGGCAUCCCCGGUUGCACUCGCACGGCGAGGUAAAGUGUGUCAAGUGCCGCUGCAAGAACGGCGAGGUCAGGUGCGACAGGAAACGGUGUCCACGGUCACUCUGUAACUCGAUCGCGCAUCAGAUGAAGCGCGGCGAGCACGUGGCGGACGUCGACGACUGCUGUACGGCGCAGUGCGAGCAUCGCGCGAGGCGUCAUCAUCGCAACAACCAUCAUCCGGCGCGGCGGCACUCUAUGACGCCACGCGAGCUGAGCUGAGCCUGGUAGUUCCGGAGAAGAGUCUGCCCCGGUCCACGAGGAAGCUCCGCCGCCUGCACUAUAGUCAUCGUCGAAUGAUGACGAAAUCAGUCGCGGCCGACCAUUAUCCGUCACGCGAUCGCUCUCUUCGUGUAUCGUACGAGGGGCUCUCGAGACGGAAAACUACAUCAAACCACCGAACGGUUCCGUACACGCGCACGUUAAAAUCGCGAGAGCUGGAUUGCAGGUGGAUGGAUUCACCUGAGCUGAAUUAAGCAGGGAAAGAAAGAGGGAAGAAUAUAAGAAAUUACAAAGAGAGAUCGACUAUACGUUUACUACUACUUGGCGCGUUUCGACCGACAAUGAGCGAGAAACGCCUGUGUGAUCUUUGUCAUUUUAAUUUUUAGCAGUGGUAUUCGAGGUGACAAGAGUAAUUAUUGUACUAAUUAAUUAAAUGAUGACGAAUGCGUGCUCGUCGCUCAAAGUUUGUCGUUGUUAUCGGUGGCGCGUAUACAGGAAGUCGCGAGAAAUAGCCCAGUGCAAUAAGAGGAAGGACGUGAACGCGAUCGGAUAUUGCUAUUCUUGUCCGCAACGAGACCGCUCGGUCGUUCGCUCCGGAGCCUCCAGCGCCCGCAGCCAGACGCUUAUUAAUCAAUUGAUCCCCAUCAACGGAUUAAAAAAAAGGAAAGAGAGGAACGUAAGCUAAGCGCCCUUCUCCUCGCCAAGAGCGACAACCACGUUACGGCCGAACACGAAUACGGUGGGGCGAAGGGGUACGGGAGAAGGGUGGGAAAGAGGUGGUGAAAACUCGGAAAGAGACGAGUUUUUAGUCGCGGCGGUACUACAGUGCCCUGCUGUAUCCACUAACCUCUGCGAGUUACCCAGCAACCAAAGAAGACUGAAAAACCUCCGACGGCGGCAUCAGUUAUUAUACGAUUGCUAAUACUAAUAACUUCAAUUUAUUAUAUAUAUAUAUUAUUUUAUUACUAUUAUUACUAUCAUUUCUAUUAUUGAUAGUAUUACUACUACUAUCCGCUUAUAAUUAUCGUUUUGUAAUUGGUAUCGCUGCGCAUCUCCGUCACCUUUAUUGCUCUUUAUCUCGCGAUUGUUGUGUGGUAAACCUAAAUUAUCUCGUUCUAACGUAAAAAUAUAUUUAUGUUGUACGUUGCAUACUUAUAUGAAAUGAAAUCUCGUAUGAAACCGUUCGAUGAGGAACGCGGCGAGAUGUGCCGUUACUCCACGAUGAACAAACGGUAAUAUUUGUUAAUGCGAUAACACUUGUUACUAUAAGUACGUAAUAUUUAAACUGUAUUUAUUAUUAGCAAUAAUCCUUUUAAAUUGGAUCUUGUACCGGAUUCCAAGACAAAUCAAUUUUCACGUUCUUUCGCAAUUGCUGCUAUUUAAGUCUGCGACAUUUGCAAGGUGCAAAACAUGUAAUAUGAAAGAAAUGUAAUAUAUAUCGAUCAAGAUUAGUAUUUCAAAAAUUUUGUCAACGACAAUUUCCCUGACUAAUUCAAAAUUGUUUUUUUUAUCUCGCAUUAAUUACAAUUGGCAGUUUUCUAUAAAUAGUCUUUUCCAAAUUUUUUCAAACAUUAGUUUUAACGAAGCCGGUACGAAAGAUUUGCUAUAUAUACUUAUUUAAUCGUAUUCCUUUGUGUAACACUAUUUUGUAUAAGUUUUGAGAAGCACGAAGGUGAAACUGAAUAGUAAGAUACUCCGGACGCGCGAAGGGAAAAAGAGCAACUUCGACCGAAAACUCCGAUCAAUUUAAUCGAUUUGAUUGAUAGAACUGCUCGCAGCAAAAUUUCUAGGUGAAUAAUUCGUCGCCGCUGAUCUUGUCCUGUUGUCCAAAAUACGGCGCUAUAGUUCGGAUAAUAGUAGAGACCCUCUAAUCAGAGACUGACCAUAUGAGGGUCACUUUUGAUUGGUCAUUUUUCGUCAAAUUGUAUUAGUCAUAACGAGAUAGCACAUAUCUUCUUCUCUCUUGCACCACUGCAGAGUGAGACAGCAUAUAUUUUUUCUCAUUCAUAGGAUUUUGCUGUAAUAUGUUCUUAAUCACGAAACACAAUAGGUGUGAGCUUUAAGAAAUUGGCCAAUCAUAGUCGAUUAUUCUUCUUACAUUCAACUGUGAUUGAUCAGUUUCUUAAGGCUUAAAAUUUACUACACCUGUUGUGUGUUCCGGGACUUAUUGGCCAAUCCCUGAUUAGAAGGUUUCUAGAAUCUAGAUAAUAGAAGCUCGACGUGCUUGGCUUCAGUUUUUUAAAUGGAAGAGAGUUAGCGAACCUUUAUUAUCCAAACCGGUAAUUGAACAGUCUUGGCCUCCGAUAUUUGAAUGAACGGAGUUCUACUGUAAUAUUAUUCAAAACAAAAUAAUAUUUUAUACAACCGAGUAGUUGUUAAUCGAUAAACUUGGAUUUUGGUCGAAGUCACCCUUACCACUACGAACAUGGUACCGAAUAUCGUCUUCAAAGCAAUAUAAUCUAGCGGCUGCUUAUAACGAAGCCAACAAGAAAAGAAGCUGUACGUGCCGAUAUCGUGGUUCGAAAACUUGAGCACCUAAGUAAGUCAGAGGAUAACGUUCACGUUCGAUUUAGGCUCAAUUGUUACAGCCGCGAAGGCUUAGCAGGCUCCGCUCGCUAUUUCGAUGUCAUGAUGAAAUGUUAUUCGACGUCGUGCGUAUCUCGCGCGGAGGCGUUGAUUCACCGUUUACCGUAGGUGCCUUAUACUCGACAGUACGAAUACAUACGUAGUCAGCUGACGUCGACGUCGCCUAUGCUCGAGUACACGAACGUUUUGUAAAUAAGCGCGUAUACAGUUAAGCGGAUAGAAUGGAUCUUAUUCUGGCGAUGGACGUCAGCAUUAUACACUGGCGAUUAUUAUUAAUUAUUUAUAUAUAUUACGAGACGUAAUUUUUAGUGCUACCCUAAACUCCUCCCCCCUCCCCACUCAUAUUACGUUUAUUACGGACUUGCUAUCGUCAUGAUUAUUUAAAGUUAUCUCCCGCAAGUUGUCAGUCUGGGAAUUAAACGAGUUAACAUUAAUUAUUGGAUAAGCGACAUGCUCUUGUACCGAUAUGCUUCAUGUAUACACGCUGUUUUAAUUUAAAAUCGACGCGGUCUCUGUAGCGCUUACGUCUACGCUGGAGGUAGAAAUGUGUGAGAAGCUCGGUCUUUAUUUUUUAUUAAACUUAGCCAACGGGAGUUAGCUGACGAAAGAUAAAUAAAAACGGCGUAUAUGUGGCGUUACGUCGCGUAGGAGGGUUGCCGUGAAGCUUGGGGGAAAAAGGCGAGGAGCGGACGUUUCUCGAAUCGCACCGGGAUUCGUUUUACGCGAAAUUGUGCCAAUUGUUGCGCUGAAAUACAGAGCACGAUUAAUUCAAGCUGUGACGUCACGGUGCAGCGAUGCGAUAUACGUAACGUGAAAUUAUCGUUACGGAGGAAAUGAAUUUGUAUAUUUUACUCCCCCGCAGUGCGUUCGACGAGUAUCACGUCCGUAUGCUCCCUGGGAUGUAAAAAUUCACUUUUUCUCGCGUACCCGUGCAAUCACGCGAACGGCGAUCGGAACUACUAAUUUUUUUUAUACAACGCGAUAAUUUUAAUUAAAUCUUUUGUAUUUUUGCGACAAAGUAGGCUGCUGAGAGACGCAUGACGCACACUUUGAUAGUUUUGUAGAGAAUGGAGAUCGAUGCUAUUCUGUACUGUGCCAAAAUGAUUUAUUAAUUAAA